UCCUCUAAUCCCGUCUUGGUAAGUAACACCUUACAUCAUGCGGGCCCACAUGCCCUCCAUUAGCUACAUUAGCUAGGACACAACAACAGGCGAGGGGGGCCUUCGUCCCAUCGCGUACAGCCAGCCUGCGGAUGGGGAACCUACCCACCACGGUGAAGCAUUGCAUGAGCUUUGAACAACUCACCCAGGAUUAUCCAUGGAUAAGACACUGGCUGCUGGACGGAGAGACUGCUUCAGAGUAUCCCCAGUUUGUCAAGAUUGUUGAAGUUGGGCCCAGAGAUGGUCUUCAAAAUGAAAAGGAAAUUGUUCGGACAGGGGUGAAAAUCCAGCUGAUAGACAUGCUCUCGGGAUCAGGCCUGCGUGUGAUCGAGGCCACCAGCUUUGUCUCCUCAAAGUGGAUACCGCAGAUGGCUGACCACACGGAAGUUCUCACAGGGAUCCAGAGAGUGCCUCAUGUUCAGUACCCAGUAUUGACACCCAACAUGCAAGGCUUUCAGGAUGCGGUUGCAGCUGGCGCCACAGAAAUUGCAGUGUUUGGGUCGGCGUCUGAGACCUUCAGCGUGAAAAACAUUAAUUGCUCUAUUGAAGAAAGCAUGCUAAGGUUUGAAGAUGUUGUCAAGAGUGCCAAAGAGCGAGAGAUUCCAGUUCGCGGAUACGUUUCUUGUGCCCUUGGUUGCCCUUACGAGGGAAACAUAGAACCUACCAAAGUUGCAGAGGUGGCAAAGCGGUUAUAUGAGAUGGGAUGCUACGAGGUCUCUCUGGGGGACACCAUUGGCGUGGGCACUCCCGGUUCCAUGCGGAAAAUGCUGCAGUGUGUGUUAAAGGAGAUUCCGCCCAGCGCUCUGGCAGUUCACUGCCAUGACACAUACGGGCAAGCAUUGGCAAACAUCCUCACCGCACUUCAGAUGGGGGUGUGCGUGGUGGACUCUGCAGUGGCCGGCCUGGGAGGUUGCCCGUACGCUAAGGGAUCAUCUGGCAAUGUUUCAACAGAGGAUGUCCUCUAUAUGCUCCACGGCAUGGGCAUCGACACUGGGGUAAACCUUGCCAAAAUCCUGGAGGCAGGUGACUUCAUCUGCAAUGCUUUGCGUCGCAAGACAAACUCCAGAGUUGCUCAGGCAAGAAGCAGGAUGCUAUGAUCUUGUUUCUGUCAUAUAUUUGACUGGAUUUCCUGUACUGUAAGUGCUCUCAUUAUUGCUGCUGCCUUUAAAUUUGCCCAUGUUGACGGAAGUUUGCCUCGUUUUUUGGUCCUGCAAUAACAUGUCUGACAGUCAUUUAAAUAACCUCAUUCUGUUUCGUCAUAUCCACACAUUGAGAUCAACCAGUAUUUGAAUUGUGGUUUGCAAUAUCAAUUAUAUUAAAAUUAGGGCUGUCAAAUGUUUUUUUUUUAUAAAUCAGAUUAAUAACAUUUUGGAAUUUGGAUUAAUCAUAAAUAAUCACAGGCGAUUACUCGCUUGUAUAAUUAACAAUUGUUUACGAAAAGACCCCAAUAUUUCAUAUGCAACUUUAUUGUCAGAAUAUCAUCCAGGAAUGUUUUUAAAAGUUUUAAUUAAAUGCAUGUCAUUUAUUUGCACAAAACUUGGUGACAGUUUUAUUAAAAGUCCUUUCAGGCUGUAUUUUAGUGUGAAAUUUACCAGCGAGGCAUCACGGU